GUCACUACCCAACCCCAACCCCAACCCCAAACCCAAACCCAAACCCAAACCCAAACCCAACCCCAAACCCCAAACCCCAAACCCAAACCCUCCUGAUGGUACUACAUUGGCAUCUGGUAGUGGAGAUAAAUCUAUCUGUUUAUGGGAUGUUAAGACAGGAUAAUAAAAAGCUAAAUUAGAAGGUCAUUCAGACGGUGUUAAUUCAGUCAAUUUCUCUCCUGAUGGUACUACAUUAGCAUCUGGUAGUUAUGAUAGGUCAAUUCGUUUAUGGGAUGUUAAGACAGGAUAAUAAAAAGCCAAAUUAGAUGGCCAAUCCUCAGCUGUUUAUUCCGUCAAUUUCUCUCCUGAUGGCACUACAUUAGCAUCUCGUACUUCAAAUAAUUCUAUCCUUUUAUGGGAUGUUAAGACUGGAUAAUAAAAAGCUAAAUUAGAGGGUCAUUCAGACUCUGUUAAUUCAGUCAAUUUCUCUCCUGAUGGUACUACAUUAGCAUCUGGUAGUUAUGAUAGGUCUAUUCGUUUAUGGGAUGUUAAGACAGGAUAAUAAAAAGCCAAAUUGGAUGGCCAUUCUUAACCUGUUUAUUCGGUCAAUUUCUCUCCUGAUGGUACUACAUUAGCAUCUGGUAGUUAUGAUAGGUCUAUUCGUUUAUGGGAUGUUAAGACAGGAUAAUAAAAAACUAAAUUGGAUGGCCAUUCAGACUGUGUUAAUUCAGUCAGUUUCUCUCCUGAUGGUACUACAUUAGCAUCUGGUAGUUAUGAUAGGUCUAUUCGUUUAUGGGAUGUAAAAUCAACAAAAGGGAUUCUUCCUAAAGAGUUAUGUCACAACGAUCUUCUUGCAUCACUUAACAUGCCACAUUAAAGUCCAUCCAAUUAAUAAAAUGUUAAAUAUGAUCGCACAAUUUUUAGAAUUUGUCAAAAUCCAAUUUUAGAAGCUGAAGGAGCUUUAAUCUUUGAAGGAGAGUUAAUAGAUUAUAAAGGAUAUGAUCUGAGAUCAUUAUUAAAAUCAAAAGGCAGUUUCAUUUUAGAGAAUGAACUAAAGCAGAAAGAAAAUUGA